UUUUUCUAUAGCUUGCAGGUUGUAUGCACAUCCUUUGCAGAAUUUCGCUUACCCCGUAGUGGCCUCCUUUCCUAUUGAUGCUUAAACUACGAGAUUAAGGUUAGACUAGGUAUGCAGGGGAGUACCUCCUGCACAUGCUGAACUAGCGAGUUGCAACGAGCUAGUCUAGAAAGAGAAAGAAUUGCAGGUCAGAGCAGCGAACGACGAGCAACACAAGUUGCGCUUGAUUGGCUGAGCGCUCAGUUUCCCCUGACCACUAAACAUUUUCAGCCAAUUAGAAAUAGCACUGCCCGGGAAAUAUUUUCCUGGAAGGGAGAAGCGGGGAGAGGAAAGAAGUAGGAGGUGAAGUGAAAGAGGUGAAUUCGAACAUGGAUGUCAAACGAGUGUGUCUGAUAACGCUUCUCCUAGCUCUGGUGCAGUUUGCCCUGUUAGCAAGGUGCCAGGAGGAGGAUCGAGGUGGAGAUUUUGUUGUUAAAGAGGAGAUGGAAGAUGAAGAUGAUGACGAUGAAUAUGACGAUGAUACUGAAGUGAAAGAAGAAAAUGAUGUAUUGGUGUUGAAUGAUGCAAACUUUGAUACUUUUGUUGAAGGCAAAGAUACUGUGCUCCUGGAGUUCUAUGCCCCAUGGUGUGGCCAUUGUAAGCAGUUUGCUCCAGAAUACGAAAAAAUCGCCAAGACACUGAAAGAAAAUGAUCCCCCUAUUCCAGUUGCCAAAGUAGAUGCUACAUCAGCCUCUACUUUAUCAAGUCGUUUUGAUGUUAGUGGUUAUCCGACAAUCAAAAUUCUAAAGAAAGGGCAACCUGUAGAUUAUGAAGGCUCAAGAACAGAAGCAGAAAUUGUGGCAAAAGUGAAAGAAGUUUCAAAGCCUAGUUGGAUCCCUCCACCUGAUGCCACAUUAGUGUUGACUAAAGAUAAUUUUGAUGAAAUUGUGAAUGAGGCUGACAUCAUUCUGGUUGAAUUCUAUGCUCCAUGGUGUGGACACUGCAAAAGAUUGGCUCCAGAAUAUGAAAAAGCAGCAAAGGAGCUGAGGAAACAUGUUCCUCCUAUCCACCUUGCUAAAGUUGAUGCAGUUGCUGAAACAGACCUUGCAAAGCGGUUUGAUGUGUCAGGAUACCCAACACUCAAGAUCUUCCGCCAGGGCAAACCUUUUGAGUACAAUGGCCCAAGAGAAAAAUAUGGAAUUGUUGAUUAUAUGAUAGAACAGUCUGGCCCGCCAUCUAAACAAAUACAGACUAGCAAACAGGUACAGGAAUUUGUGAAAGAUGGAGAUGAUGUUAUCAUCAUUGGAGUGUUUAAAGGAGACCAGGACCCAGCUUACCAAAUAUAUCAAGAUGCUGCCAACAACUUAAGAGAGGAAUACAGAUUCUAUCAUACUUUCAGCAAUGAAAUUUCAAGCUUUUUGAAGGUGGAAUCUGGGAAAGUGGUUGUGAUGCAACCUGAAAAAUAUCAUUCAAAAUAUGAGUCUAAAAUGCAUGUUUUGGAUAUUACAGCAUCCACUGAUGUUGGCAAAGUGAAAGACCAUGUGAUAAAACAUACUUUACCUCUUGUCGGCCAUCGCAAGACUUCCAAUGAUGCUAAGAGAUAUAUUAAGAAACCUUUGGUGGUAGUUUACUAUACAGUAGACUUCACUUUCGAUUAUCGUGGUACGACUCAGUAUUGGCGAAACAAAGUGUUAGAAGUGGCAAAGGACUUCCCAGAAUAUAUUUUUGCAAUUGCUGAUGAAGAAGACUAUUCUUCUGAGAUAAAGGACUUGGGAUUAAUUGAUAGCGGAGAGGAUGUUAAUGUUGCUAUCUUUGAUGAUGAUGGCAAGAAAUAUGCAAUGGAACCAGAAGAAUUUGAUUCUGAAGUGCUGAGGGAAUUUAUUUUCUCAUUCAAAAAAGGUAAACUGAAACCUAUUGUAAAAUCUCAGCCAAUACCAAAAAAUAACAAGGGCCCAGUGAAAAUUGUAGUUGGGAAAACAUUUGAGUCCAUAGUGAUGGAUCCAGAAGCUGAUGUUCUCAUAGAGUUCUAUGCUCCCUGGUGUGGACACUGCAAGAAACUUGAGCCCAUUUAUACUGAGCUGGGGAAAAAAUAUAGAAACAAAAAUAAUUUAAUAAUUGCCAAAAUGGAUGCUACUGCCAAUGAUAUCACCAAUGACAAUUACAAAGUAGAAGGAUUUCCUACCAUCUAUUUUGCUCCCAGCAACAAGAAGAAUCAACCUAUUAAAUUUGAAAGUGGGGAAAGAGAUUUGGAAAACUUGAAAAAAUUUGUAGAAGAACAUGCCACUACACUAAGCAGGAUAAAAGAAGAACUUUAGGUGUUAAUUAAGCUUAACAGAAUUAUUGAAAGAUUGGUUGGGGAGCAAUACAGCAUUUGGAGCUAAGGUAUCUGGAGUAGCAAAACAAUGCAGAGUGAGGAUUUGUGGGGUUGUUUUUUGGAGGGACAUUAAUCUGAACAGUGAACUUUUGGAUAUGAAUUGUUUUUUAUGAGUUCAACAGCUGACCUGAGAAAAAUACAUUAUUUUUUGUGCCUA